UGUGUAAAGUCUUUAUAAAGCUCCAGCGCUGCACUGGGAGCACAGAGCUCUUGGUGGUCUGAGUGCUAAGAAGAAGACAGAAAAACUGAAAGACAUAAAGCAAAGAGAGAUAAACUAAAACAUGUUCAGGUUAGGAAAGGCAGGCACUAUGAAAGGCUUUGUUUAUUUUUCAAUCUUUGCAGUCCUUUUAUUGGUUCAUAGCUCCCAGGCAGUCUACGUUCAGGAUGGAGACUGGAAAUUCCCCCUUGAGUCUGUGAAGAAGCUAAAAGCACUUAUGGAUGAGAACAGCCGCGUUAAUCCUCGUAUGGUGGUUUCAAAGGCUAGCUAUUCUCCAUGCGAUGAAAAAGAUCUCCCUGAGGAAUUCCAACCUGUGUGCAAAAGAGAAGAUGCGCCCGCAAUUUUCGAGAGGCUGAAUCUGGCUGUUGGAGAAGGUUAUUUGUGUGAAAUCUGUGCCAAUGCUGCCUGUGCUGGAUGCCUUUGAAUAAGGACGGAACAGUCCAAAGAAGACGUGUCAAAAUAGGAAGUUCAUGAAUAUAUAUUGCAAGUUUACAUAUUUGCACAAAUCAAUAUUUGGGCUCCAUCUCAACUACAGUCAAACUGGAGCUGUUAUCUCAUGUAGGCACAUCAGAGGUAGUCCUGAAAUAGUCGAAUCAGGGAAUACCAGCAGUGCAGUUCUGGCAACACAGAGACUGUAAACCUUAUAUGAGAAGUUUCAGUUCUACAGAAGUUGUGUCACAUUGGAAUGAAAGUGUCCUAGGCACAGUUUUGUUUUCCAAUAUUUUGUCUGAAUUGGAACACAUUGGUUGAAAAAAGAACAUUCACCUAUUGCCUUUUUGAUAUUUAAAUCUGCCUUUGAUUUGGCCUCCCCUACACAUUAACACCUCACAGCAUUGGUUUACCAUCUUUUCAAGCCCACGCUUUCCAUUGUUUUAGGUAAUGACCUGCAGGUCUGCAUAAAAGAACUGCAGCAAAUAACUGGGGGCCAAGUUACUGGUGUUUAGCAACACUUCCAUAGCCAGUAAAUCCUCAGUCUAUUUGUACUAAUUGUUGCCAAAUUUGGGAAUGGAGGUAGAGGAGCACAAGAACACUCUCUACUGAAGCUCCCCUCUUUUGGCAGAUAUUCAUCAAGUCCUAUUUAAGGAGAAAGGAAGUCCAAACUGCAGUGCUGGGAUCACCUUGAAAAUAAAACAUUGCCUUGUGGUUUUAUUUAUUGGUGGCAAAAUUGUGAAGAAAGGAUC